AUGAAAGAAGGAGAUGUGGAUAAAAGGGGCUUGAAUCCAAAUCCCAAGAAAAUUAACAAUGAAAAUGUAGUAGAGCAUGUCGAAUCAUUUCAUCCUACGAUAUCGCAUUAUAGACGUGAGCAUACUCCCAAUGUAAGAUACUUGUCUUCAGAUAUUGCAGUGCGAGCAAUGUAUAGUGAUUAUUGUGAGACCCACUGCACUGACCAGGAGAAACUGAUCUCAUACGAAUACUACCAUGAAGUUUCAUUUGAAACUGUUACAUUCAAAUAUCUUCAAGUUGAUCACACAUUUAUGGCUGCCGAUGAAUUUCAUCAUAGAGUAGAAAUGGCUAUGAAAAAUAAAAAAAGAAUUUAUGAUUUCUAA